AUGCCAGACACCCAGCACCCAGGCACCUGCGGUGCGUGCGGAGUAGCUCUUAACUUAUCACUCAAAAAUCCAAAUGCGGAACCCAAAACUGUUUGCAUGAUUGAUUCCGCGCACCUACGAGAGCCACCUAUACUAUUUGAUAUUAUUGGUGUGAGCCCUCGCAUGCCGUACAUCUGCCUCGGGGACCGGUGCCGGAUAAUGGGCAGACAAAUGCUCGCCCGUUAUUUCAGCUACUACUGCGAAGCCUGCCCAACACAAUUGAGCGUCUCCGAGGUCGGCAAGGGGUCAAACAGUUGCGAUGUUACUGUGAAAUAUAAUCGCUGCGGUGACUGUAUCGAUCGGACUACGGUGUCCGACGAACAGAGUACACAGGAACCAGAUUCUGCGAGGUCAGGGAUCCUAAUAUCUCAAUCGAUGUAUGACGGGGUUUCUUACUGGGCUGUGUCAGAUCUUAUGGCCCUAUUCAUGAGCAAGCUCGGAUGCGCGCCUGUCUAUGUCAAGCUUACAGACGUGGCAUUGGGCCGCUCAUCAAGCUUUACAUGUGGGGACAUACAAGAACCAGGGCUCACACAAUAG